GCGUGAGAAUAAUUGAAGAAGAAAUAGUUUUGGACAUGGUCUGGGGCAAAAAAGAAAUAGUAACCCAAUCCAGGGUUCAUCAUCAUGAUCAUCUCGAGGGAAGAAGAAGAACCAAGAUUCCCAGAUGAUAACAAUAAUGAAAACGGCGGCGGAGAUAGUGAAGAAGGGGGAGGCAAAGGAACGUGGAAGCACGCGGCUUUCCACGUCGCCACCACCAUAGCUACGCCGGCGGCGUUUGCUCCGCUGCCCUUUGCCGUUGCUUCUCUCGGUUGGCCUCUUGGAGUAGCUAGUUUGGUUAGCGGGACACUGAUCGCUUGGUAUUCUAGCCUACUGAUUGCGUCACUUUGGAAAUGGAACGGGAAGCUGCACCCCACGUAUGGCCACCUUGCCCAAAGCAUUUAUGGGCUGUGGGGUUUCUGGUCUGUUGCAUUCUUUCAGCAAGUGGCUUCUCUUGGCAAUAACAUUGCCAUUCAGAUUGCUGCAGGAAGCAGCCUUAAGGCAAUAUACAAGUACUACCAACCUGAUGGGAGCCUAACUUUGCAACAUUUCAUCGCCUUUUUUGGAGCUUUUGAACUUGUUUUGUCCCAACUCCCAGACAUUCAUUCAUUGAGAUGGGUAAAUGCUCUUUGCACUUUCAGUACCAUUGGUUUUGCUGCCACAACGAUAGGAGUAUCGAUAUAUAAUGGAAAGAGGGUCGAUAGAAGGUCAGUCGAUCAUCGUGUUCAUGACAACAUAUCUUCUAGAACAUUCAAGGCCUUCAAUGCUCUGGGAUCAAUUGCCUUUUCAUUCGGGGACGCAAUGCUUCCAGAAAUACAGAAUGCUGUGAGAGAACCUCCCAAAGAAAACAUGUAUAAAGGCGUGUCAGCCGCGUACGGCGUCAUCAUUUUAUGUUACUGGCAUUUAGCCUUCUUUGGGUAUUGGGCAUUUGGUUCAGAAGUUCAACCUUACAUUCUGGCUUCUCUCACUUCUCCAAAGUGGACAAUCAUAAUGAGCAACAUCUUUGCAGUGAUUCAAAUAUCAGGUUGCUUCCAGAUAUACUGCAGGCCAACAUUUGCAUACUUUGAGGGGAGAAUGAAAAUGCAAUCGCCAGAGGAAAGCAGCAAAGGCAAAUCCCGCAGGCUGCGCGAGUGCCUAAUCCGUCUGUCUUUUACCACCCUUUACAUGGGCAUUGUAACACUAAUCGCGGCGGCAGUUCCAUUUUUUGGGGAUUUUGUAGCCAUCUGCGGAGCCGUAGGUUUCGCCCCCUUAGAUUUUGUGUUCCCUGCGUUGGCACAUCUGAGAGCCGGUAGGAGUUGCCGGAACACAAAGCUCCGGCAGGUUGUGAAUGUCCUGAAUGUAGCGAUUGCCGUCUGCUUCUCGGCUGUGGCGGUUUUGGGAUGCGUUGGUGCGAUCAGGUUUAUCAUUUCAGAUGCCAGAACCUACUCGUUCUUCCAUGAUAUGUAGAAUGGGAACACAUAAAAAAACAAAAAAGUCAUUUCUUUGUUUCUUUCAAUCAAACUGCUGUAUUUAAAAUGUUUCUAAGCGUUCCCAAUCAUUUGAUACAUUUGUUCUAUUAUAAGGGUGUUUGGG